AUGGCCGGCGGUCGCAAGCCCAAGGCCGCAGCAGCCCCCUCCCGCCCGCAAACGACGCUCGUCCUCGACAACGGCGCCUGGACGCUCAAGGCCGGCCUCGUCCACGGCGGCUCCGUCCCCGAGCAGCCGCGCGUGGUGCCCAACUGCCUGGCGCGCGACCGCUCCAAGAAGAUCUACGUCGCCUCCGAGCUCGACCGCUGCCGCGACCUGAGCGAGAUCCAGUUCCGGCGGCCCGUCGAAAAGGGCUACCUCGUCAACUGGGAGGCGCAGAAGGAGAUUUGGGACCAGGAGCUGUUUGGCCAUGGCGACAAGGCGGGAGCGCUGAAAUGCGACCCUACCGAGACGCGGCUGAUUCUCACGGAGCAGCCGAAUGCGCUGCCCGUGCUGCAGACCAACUGCGACCAGAUUGUCUUUGAGGAAUACGGCUUCUCGAGCUACUACAGAGGAAUUGGCCCGACGUUCAACGCCUACCACGACCUCCAGAGCCUCUUCCGCACCCCCAAGGACGCCCUCACCGCCGCAAACGUCCCCGCCGAGGUCAUGCUCGUCGUCGACUCCGGCUUCUCCCACACCACCGUCACGCCCCUCCUCGGCGGCCGCCCCCUGCACUCGGCCAUCCGCCGCAUCGACGUCGGCGGCAAGUUCCUCACAAACUACAUGGCGCGCCUCAUCUCCCUGCGCCACUUCGACAUGCGCAACGACCUGUACAUUGUCAACGAGAUGAAGGAGGCCGCGUGCUACGUCUCGGCCGACUUCAAGGCCGACCUCGAGCGCACCUGGAAGGGCACCCGGGGCGAGCGCCGCGACGACUACCUCUCCGGAGCGGGGGGCAUCGUCAAGGACUACGUGCUGCCGGACUUCCACACCAGGCACAAGGGCAUCCUGCGCGACUACGACCCGGCGCGGCACGCCAAGUCGAAGAAGCUCGCCGCCGCCGCCUCCUCCCAUGGCGCUGCAGGGGCGGAGGAGGACGUCCUGACGCUGCGCAACGAGCGCUUCGCCGUCCCGGAGCUCAUCUUCCGCCCGUCCGACGUCGGCAUGCGCCAGCCCGGCCUCGCAGACGCCAUCCAGCAGUCCCUGCACGAGCUGCCCGUCGGUCUCUGGCCGGGCCUCCUCGCCAACAUCGUCGUCGUCGGCGGGUCCUCGCUGUUCGACGGCUUCAUCCAGCGGCUGCAGAGGGAGCUCGUGCAGCUCGUGCCCGACGACUGCAUAGUGCGCGUCGCGCGGCCCGCGGACCCCAUUACGAAUACCUGGCACGGAGCCGCGAACAUGGCCAACCAUGCGAAUAUCGAAAAGGUCGUCGUUACGAAGCAAGAGUACGAAGAGCAUGGCAGUGCGUGGAUAGCUCGCAUGUUUGCAACAGGCCUCUUGACUUGA